AUUUUUUAUCAUUUCUUGGUUUUUUAUUUUUAUUUUUUUUUAUUGUGUAUUUUCUUUUUAGGAAAAACCUUUUAAGUAACGAAGAAAUUUAAUUAAAUUCAAAAUUCAAAAUUCAGAAAAUGAAUUCUUUAGUAAACCAUCCAAUGGGUGGUUUUAACAAAGAAAAGCUUCAGAGCCUUGUUCAGCGCGUUCGAUAUCUUCAAUCUCAAGGAGCCAAGGAAGAUAAUAAUCCAGAAUAUGCUCAGAUCAUGAGCUUUCUGAAAAAUUUACAAAAUAGUCAACAACAAAGACAACAAUUACAGCAAAUGCGACCUGGUAUGAACAUAGAUCAAGUAGCUUCUUCUAAUCCUUCUUCAACUAUUGCUUCACCAAUUACAAGUGGGCAUGAUAUGCCUACAGCUUUUACUCAGACUCAACUAGCUGCUUUGAGACAUCAGAUUUUAGCUUAUAAACUUAUUUCAAAAAAUAUGGCUUUACCACCUCAUCUUCAACAAGCUGUUUUAACUCCUACUACAGCACUUUCUAUGGAGGGUAUGAUUCCUGUAGGUCAACCACCAUCCUCUUUGAAUGUCAAUCCUAUCACUACAAACAAUAUAGAUCAUGCUCAAACCUCUGGUGUUUCGAAUGCUGCUGCUGCUGUUGCUGGAAAUAGGAUAGGUAAUUCUACAAUUAGUACCACUGUCACGACUACAGCUGCUGGUACUCCCUCUCAGUCUUCCUCUGCUCCCUCCGGCCAAAUCAACACAACUAUCAAUAAUAAUAAUAAUAAUAAUAAUCAACAGAAAAUUGAAUAUAAUGCUUAUGCAUCACCUUACGACUUAUUGAAAAAGCCUAUUAAUGCCUUUACACAUGCCUCACGUCAACAGCAUUUAUUAAUCCCAAGCAUUACACCAAUCGGCCUCGACCCUUGUUCCAUUAUCUCGGAACGUAAAAGACGCAUGUUAAAUCGUAUACAACAUCGCAUUCAAGAACUUGAAAAUUUACCCAGCAAUUUGAAUGAUUCGGUGAAUAGGUUGGAAGAGGAAAUUCGUAAGCCAACAGGUACGAUUAAAUUAAAGGCUAUUAUUGAGCUAAAAGCAUUACGUCUGUUAAACAAGCAAAGACAAUUGAGAGAGGAGAUUGUGGCUGGUCUCAAACGUUCAACCACACUUGCAACCUCAGCUGAUAGAUUAGCCUAUCGUCGUAUGAAGAAACAAUCAUUACGUGAGGCACGUAUGACAGAAAAAAUUGAACGACAACAACGUACAGAUCGUGAACAUCGUGAAAAGCAAAAGCAUUUGGAUUACCUUCAAACCAUUUGUGAUCACGGUCGUAGUCUUGUUGCUGCACAAGCCAAUUGGAGAUCGAAACAGAAUAAGUUGGGUCGUGCUGUUUUACAAUAUCAUCAGCAUAUUGAGAAGGAGGAACAGAAACGGGCUGAACGUAUCUCUAAAGAACGUAUUCGUGCUUUAAAGAAUGAUGAUGAAGAAGCCUACAUGAAAUUGAUUGAUGAGGCCAAGGAUACUCGUUUAACACAAUUGUUGAAACAAACAGGUGCCUUCUUGGAUUCUUUAACUCAGGCUGUAAAAGAACAGCAAAACGAUCAUCGACAAGAUCGUUCAUUCAGCUUGGAUAAUGAUGAUGAUGAUGACGAUAUGGCAGCCAAUGACCCCGAUGCCAAGAAUGAUUAUUUCCAGGUUACACAUCGUAUCAAGGAAGAAGUCACUCAGCCUGAUAUCUUGGUGGGUGGACGAUUAAAGGAUUAUCAAUUAAAAGGUCUGCAAUGGAUGGUGUCACUUUAUAACAAUCAUUUGAAUGGUAUUUUGGCUGAUGAAAUGGGUUUGGGUAAAACAAUUCAGACAAUUAGUUUGAUUACUUAUUUAAUUGAAAAGAAAAGACAAAAUGGUCCUUAUUUAAUUAUUGUUCCUUUAUCUACACUUACCAAUUGGACACUUGAAUUUGAGAAAUGGGCGCCUUCUGUCAAGACAAUUGUCUACAAGGGACCUCCUAAUACACGUAAAGAACUUCAAAAUGAAAUUCGUUAUAAUGAUUUCCAAGUCCUUUUGACUACAUUUGAAUAUAUUAUCAAAGAUAGACCUGUUCUUAGUAAAGUGAAAUGGUUACAUAUGGUUGUAGACGAAGGUCAUCGUAUGAAAAACACCAAUUCUAAACUUACUGUCGUUCUUAGACAAUAUUAUCAUACCCGUUAUAGACUUAUUUUGACUGGUACACCUCUUCAGAAUAAUUUACCAGAAUUAUGGGCUUUACUUAAUUUCAUUUUACCUAAAAUUUUCAAGAGUGUAAAAAGUUUUGAGGAAUGGUUCAACACACCCUUUAAUAAUCAAGGUGUAGCAGAUAAGAUUGGUUUAAAUGAAGAAGAACAACUUUUGAUUAUUAAACGUCUUCAUAAGGUGCUUCGUCCCUUUUUAUUAAGACGUUUAAAACGUGAUGUAGAAGCUGAAUUGCCUGAUAAAGUAGAGCGUGUCAUUAAAUGUAAAUUAUCUCCUCUUCAAGUUCAUCUCUAUACUCAAAUGAAGCGUAACGGUACACUCUACACGUCAGACGUUGUGAAGGGUAAAACAGGUGUAAAGGGUCUUAAUAACACGAUCAUGCAAUUACGUAAGAUUUGUAAUCAUCCUUUUGUCUUUGAAGAAGUGGAAUCGGUUGUUAAUCCAAGUGGCUUAUCCAACGAAUUACUUUAUAGAACCUCUGGCAAAUUUGAAUUGUUAGAUCGUAUGCUUCCUAAAUUAAAGGAGACAGGUCAUCGAGUCUUGAUCUUCUUCCAGAUGACACAAGUGAUGAGUAUUAUGGAAGAUUUUCUAAACUGGAAGGGCUUUUCUUACUUGCGUCUUGAUGGCUCGACAAAGGCAGAUGAUCGUUCAGAACUUUUAAGGUUAUUUAAUGCAGAGGAUUCACCUUACUUUGUGUUUUUAUUGAGUACACGUGCAGGUGGUCUUGGUCUGAACUUACAAACGGCAGAUACAGUCAUUAUCUUUGAUUCUGAUUGGAACCCUCAUCAAGAUCUUCAAGCACAAGAUCGAGCUCAUCGUAUUGGUCAAACAAAGGAGGUUCGUAUCUUCCGUCUGAUCUCUACCAAUUCAGUAGAGGAGAAUAUCUUGGCCAGAGCCAAUUUCAAGCUUGAUAUUGAUGGUAAAGUCAUUCAAGCAGGUAAAUUCGAUAAUCGUAGUACAGAAGAAGACCGAGAGGCGUUCUUGAGAUCACUUUUGGAAGAUAAAGCGGAUGAAGAUAAUGAUGGUGAUGACGAAGAUAUUGAUGAUGAAGAGUUGAAUGAGAUGCUUCAAAGAAGUGAAGCCGAUCUUGAGGUCUUCCAUCGUCUUGAUGAUGAAAGGGAAGAAAAUGAUAAACGACUUUGGCAGGUGUUAGGACGUCGUGGUAAACCUGAACGUUUAAUUACAGAGGAUGAAUUACCUGACAUUUAUUUAAAUGAUGAUCCUUUACCUACGCAAGAUGAGGAUCAACAUCAUUUCGGACGUGGACAACGUGCAAGAGAGACGGUACGAUAUGAUGAUGGAUUGACAGAAGAACAAUGGCUAAAUGCACUUGAAGAUGAAAAUGUUGAUUUAGAAGAACUGAUUGCCAAGAAAGAAAAGAGGAGACAGAAGCGAAUGGCACGUCUGUUAGGUGAACCUGAGCCUAUGAUAGAUGAACCAAAACGUCUAGGUCGACGUAGACGUGAAGAAAGUGUUAGUGUUGCUUCUGAGGAACCUGUGAGUAGAAAGAGAGGUAGACCAAAGAAGAGUGAACUUGAUAAACGUAAACGUGGUAGAAAUGAUACAGAAUUAAAUAAACCUGAUACUUUACCAACACAUAUUAGAGAGAGUCUAACAAAGGUAUUUAAAGCAUGUUAUCAGGCAGUUGAAGAAGCUACUGUGGAAGAUGAAGAAACCUACCGUAGUCGAAGUGAAUUGUUUAUGGAUCUUGUUAGUAAACGUGAUUAUCCAUUAUAUUAUACAAUGAUCAAAAACCCGAUAUCAAUGAAUAUGAUUAAGAAACGUAUUCAUUCUACUUUUUAUAAGAAUAUCGCACAGUUUAGAGAUGAUUUCCAUCUAAUGUUUAAUAAUGCAAGGAUAUUUAAUGAAGAAGGAUCGUUUGUAUACGAAGAUGCUAAUGAAAUGCAGAAAAUUUUUGAUGCUAAAUUGGAAGAAUUAUGUCCAGGAGGCGUGUUACCGAUAACACCAACAAGUAUUCACUUUAAUAAUAACAACAACAUUAAUAGUCAUUAUAAUAACAACGUUUCAAGUAGUCAUGGCAACGCAACCUCUAUCUCAUAAUUGUUGGCAAAAAAAAAUUUUUUUUUCUUUCUUCCUUUCUUUAUAAUAAACAAAUAAAUAAUAAUAAUAAAAAAAA